AUGAAAAAUAGAACAACACCCAAUAAAAAAUGUAAAAAUAAAAAAAAAGAAAUGAAAAAAAAAAAAAAUAAUGAAAAAAAAAGAGAUGAAAACUCCUUUUUCAUUUUUAAACGAUUGGCAAGAGACACUUUGAAUAAUCAUUAUUCCCUAUUAAACUCUAAGCAACAAGCAAAAGAAUCAGGGAAGUUUUGGAGAUACAUUCCAGACGAAUUAAAAAACAAAUUUUUCGAGCAUGCAAACCGGAAAAGGCUACUUGAUAAUACGGAAGUUAUAAGUUACAUUACACACAACCACCCUACGGAAGAGUUACGUGUGAUUCUUGACGAUCGUUGUCUUAAAUCGAAUUUUUCAUCGUCGGGCGAAGAAUACCAUCGAACUUCUGAUGAUUAUACAACGAAAGGUUCUUUAUCGCCAGAAGAUGAAGAAUAUAACCGAAUUUUCGAUGAUUGGAUUAGUAUCACUGAUACGCAAUUUGAUUCAUGA